AUGGUUGUCGGCGUCAUCGGUGUUGCAGCAGGCGCCGUGGCCAUUCCGCUAGCUGCAGUGGGAGCAGCGACGUCUGUAGCAAGUAUAGCCCAGGGCGCAGGGAAUCAACAAAGAGCUGCGGAGAACAACAACAACAACAACAGUGCACCAAAGGAGGCGGAUAAGGAUGAUCCACGCUUAGCCAAGUUUACACUGUAUGCACACUGCAGCGAAGAUGCGCCGUUGAAAGAGUUUGUAGAGGACAAACAGGUAGUAUUGAGGGAUCACAAGCUAUACCUUGCUGACCCUGAUCAGGAGAAGCGAGAGGAGGGGGGACACGGGUUCGCCGGGUUCUUUAUCCAGUACCCAUGGAAUAGCAAACCGAUGGGACUCGUGAGCACAAUCCAGCCAGACCCACCCGAGCUCAACUGGAUAUACGUUGAUAAAGAUACGCUUAUCGUCACGUAUGGUGGCAAGACACAGAGUCUGCCGCACAUCGUUGGGCCGUGGGAUUGGACAGACGACCAGGAGAGGAUGACGUUCGAGGGCUGGGAAGGAUUUGUAGCACUGGAGGAAAGCGAGGGAAUAUGGGUGCUGUGUUAUGACCAGGACGAAGAUUUGCUGGCUGGUGUGAAGAGUGGCAGGCGGAUCCAAGAAUGCACGUUGACAAGGAAGGUUUUGAAUCCUGUAAAAUAA